AUGGGUGCCUCAUCAGAAAGUGCCCCGCUAUCUCCCACUAACUUUUUCCUUCAUCCGCUCUCCAUCGCAACCUCUCGAUAUUCCCCGCCGCCUCAUUCCCCCUGCUUUUCUUCUGCUUCAUCCACUGUCUCGUUUUCGAGAUAUCAGCAGUUUUCUGCACUCAGGACUACUAACGAGGCUGUCCUCGAGGCGAUGGCCGACCCUCGUUUUCGUUCGAGUACAAGCAGUGACCCGGUCUGCCACUGCGCUGAGCAUGGCGGUGUUGCUCCGCUCGCUUGCGAGGAGUGCGUCCAGGAGUGCGCGGAUGCUCCUUGCACCGUCGGAUUGACACCUGAGUGCACUGAUCAGUGUGUGGUUGUACCUUGCAAUGAUGCACAUCACCAAGACCCUCCUUGCAACGAGAAUCAUCGUGCAAAUGAGCCGUGCCACGAUGGUGCGGACUGCACUUCGCUUGAAGACUUUUUCGAGUGCUGCACGGAUUUUCAUGAGUAUUUCUCUCAGCCUCGCUCUUUUCCUACGGACGUGGCUCCGAAUACUCCCGGAUUCACCUGGGAUACUGCUACCCUGGAAGCUCUUCUUUGUGGCAGCCCCGGAGCCGAUCCGCGUAUGAGCCGUUCACAAGCAGGCAGUAGUAGCAACCCACCGCUCUUCCCCCAUAUUAUCCCAAAUGCAUCGAUCCAUCCUUCUCCCGCGACAGCGCCGCAGAAGAGUCAAGGACUCACCGAGCCCAUGACGCAGCAUCUACAUCACCAGCCCCCUCUGUAUUUGCCUAGCGCGGAAGUUCAAGUCCCUCAGACCCAGGAGAACCAGUCUUCAGCAAUGAAGUGCAUGUGGGGUAAUUGCUCGGAAACGUUCACCUCUCUUUCCGAGCUGGUCGGCCAUGUCAAUCUCACCCAUCUGCGUUUGCCGUCGCCGCUCCCUGCGGAGUCUUUGUCUUCUGUCCCUAUUCCUGCUCCCAAGUCAGCGCAGGCACUGCAGCAAGCUGUGGCCGCCAACAUGGACCCCAACUCGCUCUCGUGCAUGUGGGCAGACUGCCAGGUCUACCCGACGCCGCAGUCUAUCCCAGGUCCGUCCACCAGGAAUGCAGUCAACAGCGUGAUGGAGGUCCUUGCCAGCCAUUUACUCGAACACCAUCUGGGGCUUCCGACCCGCUCGUCCAAGCAAGAUGAAACUCUAGGGACCUUUUCACUAACGUCCAAUAUAUCCCCGCUUUCCACGCCCGACGCUCAUUCCAUGACUACCGCACCGUCCGCGCCCAUCUUGGCGCCCGCUUCGCCCAUGCAUGGACCGCCGACUCCGCUGCCUGAGCACGACUGCUCUGCACCGUCCUCGCACAUCUGUGGAUGGGAAGGCUGCGGACAAUCCUUUUCGUCAUGCGAGGAUCUGACCGUGCAUAUUACUGCGACCCACGUCGGUGGGGGUAAGGCUCACUAUGAUUGUCACUGGGAAGCCUGUUCCCGGCACGGCGAGCACGGUUUCGCCAGUAAGCAGAAAAUUCUGCGACAUUUGCAAAGUCACACAGGUCAUCGUCCCUUCCAGUGCAAGAUUUGCAGCCAGAAUUUCUCCGAGGCGGCGACACUUGCGCAGCACAUGCGUCGCCACACGCAAGAAAAGCCGUACGCUUGUGACUUCCCCGGAUGUGGCAAGGCCUUUGCCAUCACAGGUGCACUCACUAUCCACAAGCGCACGCAUAACGGGCACCGACCCUUCAAAUGCACAUACUGCGAGAGGGCAUUCGCAGAGUCAUCGAACCUGUCGAAGCAUCUGCGUACACACACAGGCGCUCGUCCGUACCAGUGCACGGAACCUGACUGCGCGAAGUCGUUCGCACGGCCGGAUCAGCUGUCGCGCCAUAUGAACGUGCAUAGAAAGAAGAGUGUAGACGAAACGGCGAGUCCCAUUGCCGUAGUCGCUCUGUAA